AUGAUGUAUGAUACUGACUCGGAGUGCGGCAACGCCGCACCGCUGACGCUGCAUUAUGGUAACCACCAUGUGUACCUGAUGGCGGAAAUCCAGCAGGCCGGAGAAGAGCACUCGGACAUGGAGCUGAUGUGUGAGCAGGGCGCCACCAUCCGUGCCCACUCGCUGGUGCUGGCUUCCGUCAGCCCACUUGUCCGGCGGCUGCUCAAGGAGGACAACGUGUGCAUGUACCACAACCUGGUGCUCCAGUUCCCGGAGAUCAAGGAGUCGCACAUGAAGACGGUGCUGGACUUUAUUUACACCGGACAGGCCAGCGUGUUGGAAAACGAAUUCGACGAGGUGGUCAGCCUGUUGAACUUGUUGGAGAUUCGGUCGGACACUUGGCAACGGGCCAUGUACGAAUCGACGUCGCCUUCGUCGCCUCCACCACCUGGACAACCGCCGUCAGCUGCGUCAUCGGACGUAUCUGUAAGGACGGAUCCGGAGAACCUAUCGCCAGCGUCCCGUUGUGAUGUGCACCCCAAAAAGCGGCGGAGACGGUCGUCCGUGCCCGUAAACCUGUCCAUCGACACGAAAAACGAAGAGGACACGUCUAUCUCCCAAUCCAACUGGCGGGUAUCCAAGUUCGAGGAGAGCCAUCGGAAAUUGAGGCGGCGAAGCAGUUCACCGUUCGACGACUACGCCCACCACCAUGAACGUGACUACCACCACAACGGUUUCCAACCGUUCCCGAAACGUGAACCGCACUGGGUCGAAACCGAAUACCGAAGUUCACAGCUUCAAUACAGCUGCGAGGUGAACUUACCGUACAUGGACCCUGCGGAACCAAACUUAGAUCCCGAGAUCGAAGAGACGAACGACUCGGACAGUAAGGACGCGAGGCUGAACCCAGCCGACUACGUGGUGACUCCGAGGAAACGAAAGAAACAGCCCGGGUUUCAGAACUCUCCAGCCCAGAAUCCACCGUUCGUGCCCAUGUACUUCCACGAGAUGGCGUUCAGGCACCAGAAGAUCACGCAGUCGCUCAGCUCGUUCGUGCACCACCCAUUCGGGUCCACGGCCCAACAACCGCUGACCCAGCCAAGGACCACUGACGAUGGAGGCCGGGACACGCCACCGCCCAGGACACCCAUCUACAUGGGUCGGUCCAGAUCUCAGGACUCCGGCGUGUACAGACCACCACCGCCACCGCCCCCACUGCACCCACCACCUCCACCACCGCCGGAUAACGACUGCAGUCCGCCGCCUCCGUCAGGACAACCAACGCAGUCUUCAUCUUUCGGUGGUUUCCCUGAGAACGGGUCACCCUGGAAACCAUCGUCCGACGUGAAACCGAUAACGCUGCAGUCGUGCACCGCGUCGUCCGAAUCGGCGGCGGAAGUGCAGCACCACCACCAGCCACACCAGCACAGCUCGCCGGCAUCUGCGGCCGGACCGGCGUCCGCGGCGUCGUCGUCCGACACGGAAGACAAGUCGUCGGGCUGUGUGGGCGGCGCGGGCCGCGAGUACAAGUGCACGUACUGUGGCAAGCAGUUCGGCAUGAGCUGGAACCUGAAAACGCACCUUCGCGUGCACACGGGCGAGAAGCCGUUCGCGUGCCGCCUGUGCGUGGCCAUGUUCAAGCAGAAGGCUCACCUGCUCAAGCAUCUGUGCUCGGUGCACAGGAACGUAAUAUCGCCCGGCACCAGCGCCGCCGACCAGGAGACGGCGGCCGCGUUCAACUGCUGCUUCUGUCAGAUGACGUUCGACACGCUCCAGCAGCUGGUCCGCCACUUUUCCGGGCCGCACAACAACCUGCUGCUCACCAAGAACCUGAAUGCCUGA